UACCUUACUUAAAAGGAGCACCCAAGUGACCCAACACAACCUCUCCGCAUCUCAUUCAUGUCUUGCUUGAGGCUGAGGCUUCCACCAGCCAGAAAGGCUUGGAAGAGCUUCACUUCCAAACUACACAGCAAGCUCCAUAAACGCAAAGCCAUCAACAAAUCCAGAAAUCGAGUCAAGCCCUCCACUACAAUCUCUAUUCGAGUUCGACCCUACAAGUUUCUUCAGCUACGCUUGCAGCGCAAACCACGCUUUUCGCUGCGCUUUAGCCAGAAUUGUCGUAGCCUGCUUCAAAACAGGCAUGCACAUGUUUAUGUGGACAAGCUCUUUAAAGAGCCUGCUGUCUCCGAGCUAGUUGCUGAGCGUUGUCAACAGCAGAAAACUCCACCAGCAAAGUGUGUGAUCAAGACUAUUGAGGAUCGCUCUGUACCAGAAGCAAGCAAGCAAUCUCAAUCUGCAGUUGGUGAGAAUAGCGAGUCUGAAGGAGUAACCAGUGCUGCAGAUGAUAUGUGGGAGUCACUGGGAUUUGCCUCCCCCCAGAUGGAUGGAAUUGAUGAAAGAGCCGAGGAGUUUAUAGCUCGGUUCAGGGCAGAAAUGAAGGAUCAGGAGACGUUGGCCCGUCGCCAUUUGUAGUAAAAAGUUUGUAAUGAAGAACAGCUUUGAAUAAAUACAGUAGAUUCUGUACAGGGUGUCAAU